GUUUAUCAAAUUAGCGUCCCCCCAUCUUUGUAUCUUUCUCCCCUUGUUGAGUUGCUGCCGCCUGCCCCACCUGUCAGUGGGGAGGAAAAAGAAACAAGAAUAAGAACAGUAUCACAUUAUUCUGGCUCUAACUUUUCCCUCACAUCUCCGUCAGAUUACUGUAAAUAUUGUACCACCAACAACUGUAACUAUGAACUCUUCGUCAUCUCGUUCAUCAAUGUCAAUGCCAAUGCCAAUGGAUAUGCCACAGAUGCAUAUGGGAAUGAACAAUAACUGUGAAAUGAACCAAAUGAUGCAUCCGAUCCCAAAUUUCCCUAUGAAAUGGGAACCAUGUACUCCACCUGACGAAAAGCCUCAUCCUUCUAUGCUAUUUCCUCCACUAUCUGGAAUUUUCAAUCAGUCACGUCACAGUAGCACUGGGGAAGACUAUCACGGAUCAUCAUCGGGAAGCCCAUCGUCGUCACUUUCAUCGCCGAACGAAUUCAAGGAUGAGCCUCUCGGACUCGAUGUUCAUUUUGGAAAUUCACUUUUCAAUGCUCCGUUCAGUCCGUCGGCCACAUCGUCGCACAGCCCGUCGUCUUACGGAAUGAUGCACGGAAGUCACUCAAUGGCUUCGCAUCAGCUCCACCAACAACAACUGUCUCCUUUACCAUCCGUGGCUCAUUUCUCCCAUAGUCACCAUCUUCAGCAUCAUGUGGUUCAGCAUCCAUCUCAGGCUUCACUGCAAAUGAACAUGAACCAAAUAUUCUCCGGUCCCAGUCACCAAUACGCUUCUUCAAGUGUCCCGCACACUUUCCUCUUCAAGGAUUCAACAAUUUAUGAAGGAAUGGGUGGCAUGGGUUUGGCGGCCGCUCAGCAGCAGUUGAAAGCGAGAAACAAGAUGCACGAAAUGGCUAUUCGACAACAUCUAAUCACUGAUCAGAAUAUAACUGCCAAUGGAGACUUGGUGUUGUCAGCAGAAGAGCGACGAACUCUUGUUCAAGAAGGCUAUUCAAUUCCACAGAAAUACCCACUGACAAAAAGUGAAGAGGAAUCCUUGAAGAUUGUUCGUCGUAAAAUCAAGAACAAGCUUUCUGCACAAGAAUCUCGCCGAAAAAGAAAGGAGUACAUUGAUGCCCUUGAGGGUCGAUUGCACUGUUUUAGUGAGGAGAACAAAUCCCUUAAAAAGCAAGUUCACCAAUUGGAAGCAUCAAAUCGUGAUCUUCAGCAGAAGCUGCAUCAAUACGAAAGUAAAGAAAAAAUGUAGUUUCUCCCAAUGUCCCUCAUAUUUUUAUCUCGCUCCAUUCUCUUCAAAAACACGAGUAUUUUCUCCCAUUCCCUUGAUAUUGCACCCCUUUAAUAAGUCCAGUGAAUUAGAUAAUUUUUAUAUACAAUUUUUUCAAACGUUAAUCGUAUGUUAUCAGGGAAUGCAGUAUAAUUGCCACGCAAAAAAUUGUUUUUCUACGAUCAAUAGGUAAACCAUUUUCUCCCUAGGGUAAACCAUUUUCUCCCCCUUUCGUGUAUUUUCUGUGAUAUUUCAUUGUGUCCUCCGCCUCUCCCUCAAAAGGCCUUCAGUUUUGAAUUGUUCCAGUUUUAACCGCUUUUCAUCACUCAUGUUACAUUGAAUGAUUCUUGUAACAUCUCCUUUUUCUGUAAAUCAUAGCCUGGGUAUUAAUUAUAAGAGUAGAACAUGAUUUCUUCAAAAGAAAACAUUUUCACUCAAUUUUCCAACUGAUCGGUUUCUAUUAAUUUCUUCUUGUUGAUUUUACUCUUUCUUGGGACACUGAUUCUACCUCCUUGCAUAAUUACCCAUCUAUAUGCUUCCUUUUUAUGUAAUUUUCAUGAAAAUACAACCACCCACUCCAUCACAUUCUGCUCCCUCAAAUGUUAUAGAUAUAAAUUAUUGAUUUUAAAUU